UUCCCUCACUCGGACUCCCAGAAUGUUCUUGGUCCGUGACCCGUCUCGACAACGCGGAAACCCCUGACGAGGCUCGCCCGCGGACGCUAGCCCAGAUGAUCACUCUCUCCGCUGACAUGGACGAGUCGUCGUCGCUGCUGGAUUUGCUGGAGUGCUCGGUGUGCCUGGAGCGCUUGGACACCACGGCAAGGGUGCUGCCGUGCCAGCACACCUUCUGCCGCUGCCUGGAGAACAUCGUCAGCUCCAGGAACGAGCUCCGCUGCCCGGAGUGUCGCAUCCUGGUGGACUGCGGCGUGGACGACCUGCCGGCCAACAUCCUCCUGGUCCGGCUGCUGGACGGCAUCAAGCAGCGGCCGCUGCGAGGGAACGGCGGAGCCGGCGGCAGGCACUCGCUGCAGGGGUACGCCGCCGGGAUCGCUGCGUCUCCCCCGGGCGGCGGGGGCAGGGAGCUGCCCGUGGCCACCAGGAACUCCCCGGUUAAGAAUGUCCCGGCAUUGCCCUGCGGCAAGGCCCUCUACUCCUACGAGGGCAAAGAGCCCGGCGACCUCCGUUUCAGCAAGGGCGACGUCAUCAUCCUGCGCCGCAAGGUGGACGACAACUGGUACCACGGCGAGCUCAACGGCUGCCACGGUUUCCUGCCCGCCAGCUACAUCCAGUUGCUCCGCCCCCUGAGCCAGACCCCACCCCAGGGCAAGGCGCUGUACGACUUCGAGGUGAAGGACAAGGACCAGGAUAAAGACUGUCUGGCUUUCAGCAAGGAUGAGGUACUUACAGUGAUCAGGCGAGUGGACGAUAACUGGGCGGAAGGCGUGCUGGGAGACAAGAUCGGUAUCUUUCCCAUUCUCUAUGUGGAGUUGAAUGAAACAGCCAAGCAGCUGAUGGAGAUCGACAAGCCAGCCUCCAGUCCGGUGCACGCCACAACCUCCGAGCCCGUGCCGUUAGGUCCCUGUUCUCCUGGCCCCUCCCCCGGCCCCUCCCCGUCCAACGGCAACAGCGCUGGCCACAGGCGAGGCGAGGGGAAGAAGAAUGCAAAGAAGCGCCAUUCGUUCACAGCGCUGUCCGUCAGCCAGAGAGCAGCCCAGCUCAAUAACAGACACAGCAUGGAGAUCUCGCACCCUGUCCUCAUCAGCUCCUCUGACCCCAGGGCCGCUGCACGCAUACAGGAGGCGUCUUCCCCAGGCCCGUCUCCGUCCUCGAUGGGGGUUCUCGUGCCCCCCAGGGUGGCGUCGGUGACCUCUGAGCUGCUAGCACACGCCAAAGUCCAGCUGCCACUCAACAUCUACCUGGCUCUCUAUGCCUACAAGCCCCAGAAGGCUGAUGAGCUGGAGCUGAGGAAAGGAGAGAUGUACCGCGUGAUGGAGAAGUGUCAGGACGGCUGGUUCAAAGGGACGUCGCUGAGGACCGCUGCCUCCGGGGUCUUCCCAGGGAACUAUGUCACCCCGGUGUCCAGGGCUCCGUUCGCCGUCGGUGCCGCUCGGGGCUCUUGUAUGCCCGGUUCAGUGGGGGGUGGGGGCGGCCAGGUGGGCAGCAAAGUCUCGACCCCCUCCACCACGGGCUUCCCGGGGCCCUCGUCCCGCCCCUCCACCCCUCUCGUCAACCCCAACCCCACCCCCGCCCCACAGACGGCUGCUGCCCAGCUGAAGAACUGCCUGCGCUCCAGCCAGCAAACGGUUAACCAGGCUCUCACCGCCAUGCAAAUGGUCCACAGCCCCACCGCUGGCAGCCCGGAACGUCCCACGGUGGCUGUCUCUCCUCUGCGGCCCCAGGGCUCCUCCCCCUCGCGCUCUCCCGGCCAACCCGGUCGUCCGCUUUCCAUGGUGUCGCCGGGACCCACGCUGGGACCCUCCCCCCUCUCCUCCCCCGCCUCACGGCCCCUCGUUCCCCCGCCCUUCCCCAUCUCCUGCCUUACUCCGCCUAACGCCUCGGUGGCCCUCCUCAACGGGGAGUCGCUCAAUCCCCUCCAGCCGCCAUCGGCGGGCCCCUCCCGUGGCCCCACCCCAGGGCCCCUCGCCGCCAAAGCGGAGAAGAAAGAGAAAAAGGCAGGGGGUUUGCUGAAGCUUCUGUCUGGGGCUGCGGCCAAGAAGAAGUCUCGCUCACCUCCCUCAUCCCCACCUACCCACGAACCCCGACCUCCGUCAUCGCUGGGCCCCAAUGCGACAGAUCCUUCCUCCUCUGCCCACCAUCACCACGCCCGCUCAGGCUCUUGCCCGCUGGAGUCCCAGGGGCGGGCUGGCUCCUGUCCAAUCGAGAGUGAGAUGGCCGGGGCUAUGGGGCUUGAACCUCUACACAGGAAGUCUGGGUCCCUGGAUACUAACUUCCCCCUGUCACCCCCAACGACACGGACAGGAAACGCACUGAUGGCUCUCCGGCCUGAACCUAAACCCCUGUCAAGGGAGAGGUACCGUGUGGUGGUGCCCUACCCUCCCCAGAGCGACGCCGAGAUUGAGCUGAGGGAAGGCGACGUGGUGUUUGUCCAUAAGAAGAGGGAGGACGGCUGGUACAAGGGCACCCUGCAGAGGACGGGACGCACCGGCCUCUUCCCCGGCAGCUUCGUGGAGAGCUUCUGACCCGUGAGGAGGAGGGAGACGCACGUGCACACAAAGACACACAUGUUCUUACAAUGAACACACAAGCUAACGCGCACACACACACACACACACACAAAGCUAGCCCCGGUUUCAACCAGCCCCACCACGCAGGAAAGCGGGACAGCUUUUCCAGUUGAGGCGGCCCCCCCAGAACGGCCGUGGGACGGGGGGGGGGGGGGGCCUUCAUCACACUCAUCAUAUAGACUUUUGAUGUUGACAUCAUGACUACUGAAGGCACACACGAGACGACAGCACAGAAAGACACACCCUUCCUCCCGGCUCUCCUCCCGCCGGCGCCACCCGCCACCAAAUAACGGCACAAAAGCAUCGCCGCUGCUUCUCACAAGGAACCUCUCGACUCCAGUUUUGGGUGCUCUCUUUGUAAAUUACUUGUUCACAGUGAAAGUUUACAUGGUCCUCUGUGUCCUGAGUAGAUCUGACGAAA